AUGGAAGCCAUAAGAAGAAGAUCCUGCUCUGGAUAUGCUUUAACAAAUAUGUGUAGGCUUCUCCUUCUUCUUGUAGCUGUGCUCUGUUUCUCAGGAUCUGCCAGAGCUUACAAGAACUAUACAGUGGGAGAUUCUCUGGGUUGGUUUGGCAAUCUUGAGAAAGCUGAUGUUGAUUACCAGAAAUGGGCUUCUGACAAACACUUCUCCCUCGGAGAUUUCCUCAUUUUCAACACAGACACCAAUCACUCAGUUAUACAAACAUAUAACCAAACUACAUAUAAACUCUGUGACUAUGACGAUGCACAAGACAAAGACACAACAGAAUGGUCGGCUUCAGAUCCGUCGAACACGGAGGUCCAGCAGGUGACGGUGGCCGUGCCAUUGGUGAAGGAAGGGAUGACCUAUUUCUUCUCAAGUGACUAUGAUGGUGAGCAAUGCAAGAAUGGGCAAAGUUUUCAAAUAAAUGUGACAUAUGGACAAGGGUUGCCAAAAAGCUUGAGAGAUAACCCUAGUUAUGUUGAUUCUUCUCCUUCUCCUGCAUCAAGCCCAGUUUCUGGAUCUGAUGAUGCUUCACCAGACUCAAUUAUUAAUACUAAUUUCACAAACCCUAAAGGAUCAGCAACAAGUGAUAAGGAUGAUGAUGAUGAUGAUAAUGUGAAGGCCACUUCUGGUUCUGUUUCAGUGUUGAUUCUGCAGAACUUCAUGACAUGUUUUGUGGGACUAUUGUUUUGCCUGGGAUUGCUUUCUUGGUUUUAGUUUGUCAGUGAAAUUUAUUUAUUUUUUUAAAAUUUACAGUUUAUAUUGUGCUUUGUUUAUUUUAGA